UGCUCCGCUUCAUAAGCACAUGUGGUUUCGGGUGGUACGUGCCAUGUCCAAAGCACUGGCGGCAACCCCUCUGGCUGUCCUUCUCUUGCCGCGCCCGAAGCUUUUCCGGCGACGGUCGCGGCUACCUCUCGACGACCAUCUUCGAAGGAAGGAAAAGGAAGAGCCUUCCUUUGUCUUGAGGAGAAGGAUUGGUGGUGGGCCGGAUCCUUGGUCUUCGACGGUUGGAGGCCGAGGAGCGAACAGCGUGACACCCAGAGUCUCCAUGCCGUCGAUCCUGCCUCCUGCCGACGGGCUCAAUUACGACAUCGCAGUCGCUGCUUUCACGGCCGGAGUGGCGCUUGCACUUCUGCGUUUCUGGGAUGAGAUUGCAAAGCGUGGUGUGUUCGACCAGAAAACGAACCGAAAGCUUGUUCAUAUUACCGUUGGGCUAGUCUUCAUGCUGUUCUGGCCUCUUUUCAGUGAUGCUUCUUGGGCAUCUUUUUUUGCAGCACUUGCUCCUGGAAUUAAUGUUGUAAGGAUGAUACUUAUGGGUAAGGGCAUAUUGAAGAAUGAUGCUAUGGUUAAGUCCAUAAGCAGACACGGAGAUUACAGGGAGCUUCUAAAGGGGCCACUGUACUAUGCUUGUACGAUAACAAUAGCCACUGCAUUUUUCUGGAGAACUUCUCCUAUUGCUAUUGCUGCAAUUUGCAACCUAUGUGCUGGAGAUGGUAUUGCUGACAUAGUAGGAAGGAGAUUUGGAACAGUGAAGCUUCCUUACAAUAAAAUGAAGUCUUUUGCGGGCACCAUGUCAAUGGCCAUUGCUGGUUUCAUUACAUCUGUCGUGUACUUGUACUACUACUCAAUGUUUGGCCUUUGCGAUUAUAGUUGGCGGACGAUAGCUGGUUUUCUUGUCGUUUCUUUGUCUGCAUCAGUGGUUGAAUCUCUUCCCAUAAGUACGGAGCUUGAUGACAAUCUAACCGUUCCAUUAACUUCUAUGCUAGUUGGUGGUCUCAUUUUUUAGAGAAGUUCCAUUUUCUUGCAUCAAUUGUCUACCAAGUAAUUCUAACUAUGCAUUUCUACUGCGGGGACCAUGUAUCUUCAUAAUUCAUUGGAGUUGGAAAAGAUUCAAGUACCAUCAGAAAAAGUAGGUAAUACUGGUGUCCAUGACAUGAAAUUGAGAUUAUGCCUUUUUCCCGAUGCUUCUGGUGUCGUCUCAUUCUUUGUCUUUAGCUAUCACUUGACCUAUCGUAGAAAUAUAGAUGUACUUUCUAUCAAUUAAAUCCCAUUUAUUUUUCGGGUUA